AUGUUAGUUGAAGAAAUACCCAAGCUGAGCAAUGCAAAUUCCACAACCGUUUAUUUCAGCUCCUCCAUAAAUUUGACUGCUCGUCCUAUCGGUGCCAGGUUUAACUCGAGCUUUAACAAUAAUAGCAAUAUCAAGAGUAGCAGUUCUAUUUCAAGCAGCAGUAAUGGUAGUAGUGGUGGUGGUGGUGGAUCUGGCCCAACAUCAACGAACCCUAAAGGAAGAGCAAAAGUCAAUUACAAUCUUAACCAACUAUUUAAUGCACAAACUCAAACAAAGGCUCAGCGAGAUAGUGGACCUUCUAAAUCUGCUCAGCAGAUACAAUUGGAAAGAGCAGUUCAAAAGAGAUUAACCGAAUUGAAUCAGGAGUCUAUAGGUAAAAGCUUCGAGUUGCCUAAAAAUUUCCAAUACAAUAGCAUCCACUCCAGCGGAGAUAACAAUCGUAAUAAUAUGUCACAUAAGUCGAGGCUUGGUAAUACGCCUGCAACAAAAAGAAUCCUAGCAGCUCGAAGAAACUUGAAUCUGUAUUAUGACGAAGAGAGAAAUAUCUUGAUUAUAAACACCAUUCUAACAUCGAAUUACCAAUUUAUUGACUACGAUGAGGGCAACAACACCAACAACAACACCGGCAAAGGGAACAUUAAGAAACAAAAAUUAGGAAACUCAAGACCAAAACUAAGAAUAUGCUGUGUUUGUGGGUCAAAGUCAAACUAUGCACGCUGCUCUGCCUGUGGUUUAUACUAUUGUUGUGUCAGAUGCAACAACUUACAUUUGGAACUGAGAUGCGCAUAA